AAGAACCGCUAAUGACCGCAGAAGCAGCGGCGGCUCCGCUGGUCUCAGUCCGGGAAGAUGAACGCGCCUCCCGCUUUUGAGUCGUUCCUGUUGUUCGAAGGAGAGAAAAAGAUCAGCAUCAGCAAGGACACCAAAGUCCCGAACGCCUGUCUGUUCACCCUGAACAAGGAGGACCACACGCUGGGCAACAUCAUCCGAGCUCAGCUGCUGAAGGAUCCUCAGGUUCUGUUCGCUGGUUAUAAAGUCCCUCAUCCUCUGGAGCACAAGAUCGUCAUCAGAGUGCAGACAACACCUGACUACAGCCCACAGGAAGCGUUCACCAAUGCCAUCACUGACCUGAUCAGCGAGCUGUCGCUGCUGGAGGAACGUUUCCGAGUCGCCAUCAAAGACAAGCAGGAAGGCAUCGAGUGACCACGCCCCCUCACGAUGUUACUGUUGAUUGUUUACUUUUCUAAAAAUAGUCUGUGAUGUCGCUGUUUGUUUAUUUUUUAAUUUUCUAAAUAAAGAGUGAUGUCACAGUUUGAGGUUAAACCAAUCACAGAGCUGAUCAAUGAACUGUCAUAGAUCUGAAUCUACAUACAUGUUCAUAUUUACAUGUUAACCGGCUGAUGAACAGAAGCUGAAACAUCUUUGAUUCACAGGUUUUAUUAAAAAAAACAGCAUGAAAAUAAAAACUGAUAUGAGCCAAUCAGA